UAUAUAUAUUUUUUUCUUGUAUUUCGAAACGAAACUGGCUGAUAUCCGCACAAAUACCACGAGAGCCAUGGCAAAUGUGGGAAACGAGUAUUUAUUUAGCGAAUAAGAGAAAUAAAAAGAAGAAAUUUAUAAAGGUUUUAUCAAACGAAGACCUUAAAGCGGGUGAUAUCAAUGUAAAUAAUUAUAUUAUGGCAAACUGAACGCAGACAACACUUUUAACUGAGGGAUAUGGCAGCAAAAUUAAUAGGGGCCUUUUCUAUCAUAUUGAUUGAAACAAGGGCUUAAUAACGGUAAAUAAUGAGAGUGUCAGAACGAUGUUACAUACUCAUGUGUAACUCCAAGAAAACAGAGUUUAAAUGAGACUACGAAACAGUGCAAGCUUACAAAUCUCUGUUUCAAAUACUAGACUUCCAUUGAACUUGAGUUUAUGAAGAGAGCGGCACUCCGCAUUCCCGCUGGAGAUAAUAUAUAACUGUCAUAUAGUUCAGAGCAUAAAACUACACUCAAUAAACUCGCAAUGCGUGAUGUGUUUGCUGGGUUAUUGCGAAUUCUUUUACAAAUACUCGGACUUGUCAUUGCACAAUGGCCUUAUCUACAGUACGAUAUAAUUUUCUGUAUGCCGACAGCCUAUUUAUGUUUAUAAAUAACUUAACCGAUUUUUCAUUGUCAGUUGUAAAGAGUAUAAAGACCGCAUCGCAUCGACGUUAUCAUUUCGCAAUUUAUGGUUUGCGAUUCACAGAAUUUCCAAUUCUGUCGUGCUGUUCGCUUGCACUUAGCUCUCUUAGUUAUUGUUUUUACUAAAUAAGUUUUCACUCGUAAAACGCUUUGCUAUUGAUCAGUUGCUCGUUAGCCGGCGAACUAAAAGAAUGUCUGCGUUUGCAAUUUUAAUAGCCGUGCUGUUGGCGUUGCUCUCUUUUAUUUACUAUUUGCUGCAACGGCGCAUGAAUUAUUGGCGCUACCGAGGCAUACCGCACGAUGCACCACACUUUUUCGCCGGCAACUUGAAGGGCUUGAUGAAAACGCGCAGUUUCGCCGAAAUUCUGCGUGAAAUAUACGCACAUCAUCGCGGUUCGGGUCCUUUCUGCGGCUAUUAUUUGUUUCAACGCCCCGCGGUUUUGGUGUUGGAUCGAGCGCUCAUCAAAAAUAUACUCAUCAAGGAUUUCAGUAAUUUUGCCGAUCGUGGCAUUUUCCACAACGAAAAGGAUGACCCGCUCACCGGUCAUCUCUUCCGCUUGGAUGGCAAACAAUGGCGCGGCUUGCGUAAUAAACUGACACCGACGUUCACUUCGGGCAAAAUGAAAUUCAUGUUUCCCACCGUAUUGAAGGUGGCCGAUCAGCUGAUGGUCGCCGUUGAGAAGCGCUUGGCCAGCGACGAGCAUGUGUGGGACUGGAAGGAGAUGAUGGCAUGUUUCACCACCGAUGUAAUUGGCAACUGCGCUUUUGGCAUCGAAUGCAACAGCCUGCAAGACCCCAAUGCGGAGUUUCGUGUUAUGGGGCGCAAGCUAAUUGGAUCGCGUCGGCACGGGCCGCUCAUUAACGCCUUCAUUAAUAGCUUUCCGAAUAUGGCGCGUCGUCUGCGUAUGGCUAUAAUGCCGCAGGAGAUUACAGACUUCUUUUUGCGCAUCGUGCGCGAGAAUAUCGAAUAUCGUGAGCGCAACGGUGUGCACGGCAAUGACUUUAUGAGUAUUUUGAUGGAACUCAAUAAGGGUAAACACUUGAAGAGCGAAAAUGAUCAGUUGCGCGCGUUGAGUGUGAGCGAGAUGACAGCACAGGCAUUUGUGUUUUUCGUUGCCGGUUUUGAGACCUCAUCCACAACAUUGGCAUUCGCGCUGUACGAAUUGGCAUUACAAACCGAUUUACAAGAGCGUCUGCGCAAAGAGAUCGAGGAGACUAUACAGAGGCAUAACGAUGAGUUCACCUAUGAGUGCAUGGAAGACAUGCAAUAUAUGAAACAGGUGCUCUCUGAGACUCAGCGGAAAUAUCCGAUUGCACCGAAUUUGAUGCGUCAAGCGGCUGCUGAUUACGUGGUGCCCGGUCAUCCCAAAUAUGUGAUCAAGAAGGGCAUGAUGGUCACCAUACCCACCAUUGGCAUACACUACGACCCGGCGAUUUAUCCGGAACCCGACAAAUUCGAUCCAGAGCGCUUCUCAGUGGAGGCGGUGAAGUUACGCGACUCCGUCGAUUGGCUGCCCUUCGGCGACGGUCCGCGCAAUUGUAUUGGCAUGCGCUUUGGCCAAAUGCAAAUGCGCGUCGGCUUAACCUAUUUGCUGCGUCGGUACAGGUUCACACCUUGCGCACAGACGCAAAUUCCGAUGGAGUUCCAGAAGACUUUCCCCUUGUUUCCACAAGGCGGCAUACAUCUGAAGGUUGAGCAAAUAUAAACACGCACUUCAUCGUACUGCGAACCCUCAUCAGUCGACACAUGCUGCGCGACUCGAUGCGCAGUUAGUGCUCAAGCUCAGCUUAUAAUGUACACAGCUAAUUUAAGUUUCAUACUCACUUGGAAGAUGGUUAUAUUCACUUUGUUCGUUUUGAAUUUCACAAUAACUCUGACGCUUGUGCUUUUUGCCAGCGUUGUGGCUUUGCUGUCGGCGAUGACCUAUUUAUUCUGGCGUCGCAUGAACUACUGGCAGGAACGUGGCAUACCACACGACAAGCCCAGUUAUUUGUAUGGCAGUUUCCGUGGUUUAACCAAGCUGUAUGGCUUCUCGGAUAUCUUACGUUCAAUGUACCAGCGUUACAAGCACACUGGUCCUUUCUGUGGAUAUUAUUUCUUUCAACGCCCUGCUGUGAUGGUGUUGGAUACAGAGCUUGUGAGAAAUAUACUGAUUAAGGACUUCUCAAACUUCAGUGAUCGUGGUUUGUUCCAUAAUGAGAAAGACGAUCCCUUAACGGGUCAUCUGUUCUUCGUCGAUGGUAAAAAAUGGCAUGUGUUGCAUGGUAAACUCUCAUCAACGUUUAGCGAGUGCAAAGUGCGUGGCAUGUUUCCGUGUGUGCGCGAUAUCGCACAGCAAUUGAUCAGUACGCUUGAUCAGCUGAUUGAGCGCAACGCCAAUGUGGAAGUCAAAGAGCUGAUGGGUCGCUACACAACCGAUGUGAUUGGCAAGUGUGCUUUGGGCAUUGAAUGCAAUAGUCUGACGAAUCCAAAUGCUGAGUGUCGUGCAAUUGGGCGACGCAUCUUCACCGAUCGUCGUCAUGGUCUCUUAGUGUCCGGGCUCAUUCAAGGGUUCCCACAAUUGGCGCAAAAGCUGCAUAUGGCUACAAUACAUCCGGACAUAGAGAAGUUUUUCAUGCGUUUGGUGCGCGAGAAUGUGGAGUAUCGUGAGAAGUACAAUGUGCAUGGCAAUGACUUCAUGGAGCUUCUGAUGGAGCUGAAUAAGGGUGCAAAAUUAAGGUAUGAUAAAAAUGAUGAAUUUAAGGGUCUGACUGUGGAGGAGAUGACAGCGCAAGCGUUUUUCUUCUUUGCUGCAGGUUCCGAAAAGUCAUCAUCGACGCUCUCUUUUGCUCUAUAUGAGCUGGCUAUGCAACCCGAGCUGCAGGACCGCCUACGUUGCGAAAUCAAUGAGACGUUAUGUCAACACGACAACGAACUGUGCUUCGAGUCACUGAACGAGAUGGCAUAUAUGAAGCAGGUGAUAGCAGAAACCUUACGUAAGUACCCGAUACUACCGCAUCUGGCGCGUCAAGCUCUGCAUGAUUAUGUCGUGCCCGGCAAUCCAAAGUACGUUAUACCGGCUGGCACAUUAGUUACAAUACCCGUGGUCGGCAUACAUUAUGACCCCGAAAUUUAUCCGGAUCCUGAAAGAUUCGAUCCAGAGCGCUUCACACCGGAGCUGGUAAAGGCUCGUAACAAGGUUGAGUGGUUACCUUUUGGCGAUGGGCCGCGCAAAUGUAUUGGCUUUCGCUUCGGUCAUAUGGAAAUUCGCGUCGCUCUCACUUUUUUGCUGCAGAAGUAUCGUUUCUCUCUGAGCGCACAAACCGAUGUGCCGCUAGAGGUUAGCAAAUCUUUUUCAAUUAUACCCAGAAACGGCAUCUUUUUGAGAGUGGAACGCAUUUAGUGCAUAAUAUUAGUUUGUGUGGUUUGAAGUUGUUAGCAUUUAAGUUUACCAAAAGCGUCUUUGGAAAAGUA